AUGUCCAUCCGCACGCACCACCAGCCCGAGCAGCAGCCCGAGCAGCAGCCCGAGGCGUGCACAACUUGCCAGCCGGCCCAGGGACUGUGCCAUGUCGGUCGAGCCACCGCCCCAACGCCUCACUCGCCGCGCCAAUGUCACCACCUGGAUCGGGCCCAAGGUUACAUGUGUAACCACAAAGUGAUGAUCACACACACACACUCUCUCUCUCUCUCCUCUCUUCUCUCUCUUUCUCUCUCUCUCUCUCUCUCUCUCUCUCUCUCUCUCUCUCUCUCUCUCUCUGCCCUGUCUCUCUCUCUCUCUCUCUGCCCUGUCUCUCUCUCUCUCUCUGCCCUGUCUCUCUCUCUGUCUCUCUCCAUGCCUCUCUCUCACCGUCUUUGGCUCUGUCGCCACUCCGAUGCCAACCACUGGCGUGCCCAUCAUCGAAGACCUCAAAGCUAG